GAGUUAACUUUUAUGCUUGGAAUUUCUUUUUUCUGUAGGAUGAAAAUUCUGAACAGAAUUCGCAAGUGAGAAUUGGCUGUCUGUACCUGUAUCAACUGCACAACCAGUCUGAUAGUCCACAGCUACAACUUUGUACCAGUCUAGAUAUGCCAGGAAUUCUAGAUAUAAAGUGGUCAUACCAGGUUCUGCUGGGAAGGCCUUGUUUUGCUGUUGUGAAUUCAGUUGGUCAAUUGAAAGUUUUUGUUGUAAAAGAGGACAGCACAGUUGUCAUGGUAACAGAAGAGCAACUAGACACAGAAUGCUUGGGAUUGUCUUUAGAAUGGGAUAAUAUGUUAAGUUCAAGGGAUGCACCCAGAAUAGUGAGUUCAGACUCUAAAGGUUGCCUACAUGUACACCAGUUAUGUGACAGUUGUCUGAAGGAGCUGGUUUCCUGGAAGGCUCAUGACUUUGAAGCAUGGAUUUCUGCCUUCGACCAAUGGAAUACAGACAUUGUUUAUUCAGGUGGAGAUGAUUGUAAACUAAAGGUAUGGGAUCUGAGAGUGGGUACACACUGUCCAACAUUAACCAGUAAAAGGCAUUCUAUGGGUGUAUGCAGUGUACAGAGUAGCCCAGUACAUGAAUAUCAGCUUGCAACAGGAAGUUAUGAUGAGAACAUAUUACUAUGGGACAGUCGCAAUAUGAAGCAGCCAGUGAGAGAGCUGGGUCUUGGUGGUGGUGUGUGGCGGAUAAAGUGGGAACCAGCUAGUUCAGAAUAUAUCCUCACAGCUACAAUGUACAAUGGUUUCCAUAUUGUAAACACUUCAGGGACGGAACUGUCAGUUGUUUUGAACUAUACAGAGCACCAGUCUAUAGCAUAUGGAGCAGACUGGUGCCGAAUUUCAAACAAGAAUACAUCCUCACAGUCUGGCUCUUCACCUGUUGAUUAUGUCAUUGGAACUUGCUCCUUUUAUGACCAUACACUGAAAUUAUGGACAUACAAAGAUACUAAUAAAGACAGAUAAAGUUGA